GUCCUUUGAAAAAUAAACAUCCUUUCACAGAGGCAUGAAACUGAGAUAGGUUUUUAUCUUCCAGCACAUUCCGAAUGUGACUGCUGUGUGAACAUGACUUUCACCAUGGAGCCCAUGGAUGGAAAGCAAGUAUCCACACUGUCUGAUGUGUACAUAGCACUUCUUAUUCCGAGCGUGAUCGGGAGUUUUUCAGUCCUUGUGGUUUCCAUCGUAAAACGGCAACGACUAGGAGAACAAGUUCACCUUCUGGUGCAGCUUGCUCUUGCAGACCUCCUGGCUGCUCUGACCUUGUUAGUCAUUUCUGUCUUGAACAAAGUCAGCUUUAACAAAAAUGCAAACACCUGUCAAUAUGGGCUGCCACUGGCCCUGACAUUUUAUUUAACUUCCUUUCUGUUAGUGGUUCUUUAUGCUUGGAGGUCAAAGGAUGCUAUCCAAGGAUGGAGGGAAAGAGCGUCAGAUGAUGAAAAUGAACAGCAGAGCCAGUGCAAAAGAAGAAUAGAAGCUUUUCCCGUUUGUGCUUUUUUGUGGUUGCUCCCUAUCGUACUGUACCUGUUGUACGUAGUCCCACUUUUCCUAAAAGAGUCCUCGGCCAAUACAAUGACUGACAAACCACAGAAAAGUAUGAUCCUGAAUGAGAGCAACUACAGCAACAGCUGUAUUCUGUUCUUGCGUGUCUGGAAGGAACCCUACACUAAAGAUGAACCAAGACGCAUCAUAUCCAUCAGACUUUUUCUUUUCAUUGCAGUGAUACUAGUGUUGGUCUCCUGCUCUGUUAUUUACUAUAAAGUUCAGAAAUGGUACAAGAGACGUGAGCAGGAAGGACUUUUUCCUGUCUAUGUUGAUGGAUAUUCAACAAGACGAUCGAAGAAAGUAUUUUCUUCUGCACUAAAUAUGGUGAUGGUCAUUGUCAUCUGUUGGACACCAGUUCUCGUCCUCAUUCUGCUAUCUUUCUGGGGAGGACAGAAGGAUCAGAGGAAGUUGUUUGCCCUCUACAUCAUUCAGGCUGCCACCCUGUCCCUGCAGGGUUUUCUGAACAGCAUGGUUUAUGCCUGGCGGCGUCCAAACUUCACGGAGGCCGUGCUCGGGGAGAACAUGCCGCUGACGCCUCACCUGCCCUUUUUUGAUGAAUCAUUACGAAGCCACUGCUGACAGAGAACUUCUCCACGUUUAUUGUUGUGCUGCGAUACGUGUUAUGAGCACAAAGAAGACAGGUGCCAUGGCAGUUCAAACUGGACGUUUUCAGUGAACUGAGGAGGAAAGGAACAAAAGGAUGAAGGAUUUAUUCGACUUUUCAACAAAAACAGAACAUUACAGGAGGUGUUGUUGCUGCUGUGGAUUUCAAUGGAAAGUCAGGAAAUCUGCCAAAAUCAUGUUGACUCAAAUAAUUUGGUGGAUCCGGAAGUUUUGACAAAUACGAAUAAAAAGAUUGACGGACUAUUUUGUCAGAUAUUAUAACAUUGUCAAAUAAUGUUGUGUUACGUGUCAUUUUCUAAUUUAUUGCUUUUGACCAAUGAAGUGUUUUUUUGUCUUGCUAUGCAAAUGUUUUCAAACACUAAAGAGGCGAUGGACCUCAAAGGAAUGCAGUUAUAGCAGAAAUAAAGGAAUUCACAAACUGCACUGUCACGCCUGUGUUUAAGCUAUUGGAAGGUUUAACAUACCUCUGAGAAUAAUCCCAGCUUGUGUCUGGUACGCUCUUUAUGCAGUCAUGAAUUUAUUUUCACACACAAACACAGGAAAUAAAGAAAAAUGAUAUCAUUAUGUGUAUAAUUAUUUCAGUGUUUUUAUUGGUUCAGAAAGCUGAGUCAAAGUUGUAACCCUAUUGAUGCCUGAAUUUAUCUCCAGUCAUGGAAUAAAGAAAUAUUAUUGGA